AUGCAUCAAACCAGACAGUUUACAAAGAGAAGACCUCAGUCUCCCCUGUUGAACCAACAGCAAACUGUAGAUGGUCUGAAAAUCAACAAGCCUGCUCUGCCUCGUAGCGGAUUAGCUAUUCAAAGCAAUGCGCCAAUUCACUCUACUGCCACUUCCAUCACUCGUUCCUUUACCCCUACAACCGCCACUGUAGAGCAUACUCAUCAGACACAUCAAGAGCCUCACCAUCACGACACGUUUGUUGCUGCUACAACAAAUCCAUAUGUUCCUCAUGGAGAUUACAAACAUGUUGUAGAGCUUCAUCAUGACCAUAAUCACCAUGACCAUAAUCACCAUGACCAUGAUCAUCAUGGACACGAUCACCAUGGACACGACCACCAUGGACACGACCACCACGACCACAGCCAUAACGACCAUCACAACCACAAUCAUCACGCACAUGAACAUGGACAUGCUCACAACCAUAAUGACCAUCACCACAGCCACGACCACAGCCAUAGCCAUGAUCACAGCCAUCAUCAUGGCCACGACCAUGCUCACCAUCAACACAGCAACUUUCCUCAAGUGUAUACCCAGCCUUUACCUUCGUAUGCUUCCAUUUUCGCCUCGUUGAUCCCCUUCCAAAAGGCAUUAUUUACUUGUUUCAUGGGACAUUUCUUUAUUGGUAUUAUAUUAUGGUGGUUGGGCGUUUCUCGAGAAAGUUUGUCAAUUACUGGCUUUUCUUAUCUCGUUCUGUUUGAUGCAUUUGGCACAUUGAACAAUUUUGUAUCGAGUGUGCUACAUUUCAACCCUGCUUUUACAGCCAUGAGCACCAAACGACCUUUUGGUGUCAAGCGUUUUGAGGUUGUUUUGGCAUUGGCAAACACCAUUUUUUUGUUGUUUGGAACCAUGUACACUACAAAGGAGUCAUUAGAACAUUUGCUAUUGGAGGAACAUCAUGGCAGCGGUGGAGAUCACCAUGGAAACAGUGGGUUUCCAUUGGGUUUGUUGGUCAUGCUGUUAAUUGCUAUCGGUGCAUCGUUCGCAUCCAGUAUCAAAUUGAAGAAUCACAAUAAUCUGGUCAAUUUAACGAAAAGAUCAUCUCAAAUUCAACACGAGUAUAUUCAAAACACGCCUUUGGACACACUUUUCAAAAACAUCUACUCGCUCUCUAUAGUCAGUGCUGGAUUUAUUGUAUUCGUCUUUCAAUUGUUUGGAUUAUCAUCACCCUCUGUAGAUAAAUUCCUGGCAUUUGGAGAAGCAUCGCUCAUGUUGUAUUUGGGCGCACCUACAGCCACGGCUCUUGCAAAAGUACUAUUGCAAACCAUGCCCGAUUCCAUGACACACGCCAUUGACCAUCACCUGCGAUCAAUUCAACAGAUUCCAGCCGUCGUAUCAGUAGACAAGGUGCACUUUUGGCAGAAUGCAUACGGAAAGUGUAUAGGUACAUUGGAAGUGCAUGCAAGACCUGAUGCUGAUGAGGAUGCUGUCAUUAAUGCAAGCUUUGCUAUUUUGGAGCCUUUGGUAAAGGAGAAUGAGGGUGAAUUAACCAUCAGUGUCAUCAAAAUGAAGUAG